GGAAAUUUCAGAUCAAUGAAUACGAUUGGUUUAUGGCGUGACAGAGCCGAAUGUUUUACAGUUCCGUCAGUGUGUGUCGUCUGUCGGAAACCGGCUGAAGCAUGGCAGUACCUACCGGUAGAGCUGUGGUGUUCGUUACCGGGAACGCGAAAAAAUUGGAAGAGGUGGUUCAGAUCCUUGGGGACAAAUUUCCCUACAAACUGAUUUCCAAGAAGAUUGAUUUGCCUGAAUAUCAAGGGGAACCAGAUGAUAUUUCUAUACAGAAAUGUCAAGAAGCAGCAAUGCAGGUGGACGGGCCAGUGCUGGUGGAGGACACCUGUCUGUGCUUCAGGGCACUAGGAGGACUACCAGGACCUUACAUAAAAUGGUUCUUGGAUAAACUGAAGCCAGAAGGACUGUAUAAAUUGCUAGCAGGUUUUGAAGAUAAAUCUGCCUGGGCUCUGUGUACAUUUGCUUUCUGUGCUGGAAAAGACAAGCCAGUCCAGCUGUUCAGAGGAAUAACCGAGGGCCGUAUUGUUGAUCCCAGGGGCCCGAGGGAUUUUGGUUGGGAUCCUUGUUUUCAGCCUGAUGGCUAUGAAAAAACUUAUGCUGAGCUCCCUAAAGAAGUGAAGAACAGCAUCUCCCAUCGGUACCGUGCCCUGGCAGCCUUGUCUGAACACUUCUCCAGGCUCAACGACACACCAGAGACCAAGAGCACACAACACCAAGACUGAGUACUGUUGCCUUUCCAAACAGAUUCAGCCAAUCAGAGCUCAGUUUGCCUCAUCAGGCUCCGGCUCCAAUCAAACACUAAUGUGCUGCUCAUAAAUGGUUUCAAAUGUACUCCAUCCUUGUCUUUUAAAUAAAUGCUUUGUUUAUAAAAAUCACAGUA